AUGCUGAUAUACCCAGAUGUGGAGGUCCUGACCCUGGCAACAGAAAGGGCACAGCAAUCCGACAACCAGAACACAGAAACCAAUGACAGCAGAUUCUUCUUAAGGUUUGGAGAAGGUUCCUUUGGCCAUUGCCAUCGGCUGAUAGGGACCCUGGUCCUGACCGUGGCUCUGCUGGCUCUAAGCGCGGCCCUGCUGUCCCUCUACCUCCAGGGCAGCUCCCGGCUAGACAACAUCUAUACAGUAAGAGAAAGCCUGUCUCUGAACCUGAGCCACAACAUGGCAGAUAUGGAGAACCUGAGGGAAGACACCCUGGUUUUGGCCAGGAACCUGUCAUCGUUACUGGACAACAUCUCCUCCAUACAGGAACAAACCCUGUCUGCACUGAUGCUGAACCAGACUGAAAUCCUACAGGAGAUGGAGAAACAAGGACAACUCUUCCAGAUGGAGCUCCGGCAAUAUAUCCAUCUCCAACAGAGGAUGGACCACAUCAGCAGAACUUACCUUCCCAUUCCCCGGAAGAGCCCACUGCUCAGAAACUGCGAAAGGAGAAACCAAGGCACCAUUUGCCCGUUUUGCUCGGCAGGUUGGCAUUUCUUUGGGUUAUCAUGUUAUCUGCUUUCACCACAGACCAGGAAUUGGCAGGACAGCUUACACUGGUGCCGUAAGCAAGGGGCGCACCUGGUGGUGAUUAACAGCCAGGAGGAGCAGGAAUUCUUGCAGGCAGCAAUGAAGACUUCAUCCUGGAUUGGCUUAUCUGACCGGGACAUGGAAGGACAGUGGGAAUGGGUGGAUGGAACCCCCUAUAACUCAACUCCAAAAUUCUGGUUUCAGAAGCAGCCGGAUAAUUUAGGAAAUGAAGAUUGUGCAGUUCUUCUCCCAGGGUCUUUGUGGAAUGACAACAAAUGUCGUAAACUGUACAGCAGUGUGUGCGAGUACAAGGCCGGAGAAAUCCAACUUCCCAAGGAAAGUCUUCUCAAUGUGUUACUAGGGCCUUAA